AUGGCUACUUUUGAUCAAGCAAACUCGUCAACUUCUGCUUUACGUAAGCGGAAGACGUUGAAGAAAUCCAUCAAUUUCUCCAUUAUGAUUGUGGGAGAAAGUGGAAUGGGUAGAUCAACGUUAAUCAAUACGUUGUGUGGAGGCACCUCCAGCAUAGUACCAACUUCCUCAACCAUAAACCAAGACCCAUUCACCAAGAAACUUAGUUUACGUCACGAAAACGUUGAAUUAGAAGAUAAUGAAGGACACAAGAUUUCCUUGAAUAUAAUUGAUACUCCAAAUUUUGCCAAUAGUAUCAAUUGUUCAGAAGAUUUUAAAAUUAUCGUCGAUUUCAUAAGACACCAAUUUGAUGAGGUGUUAUUAGAAGAAUCUAGAGUUAGAAGAAAUCCUAGAUUUAAAGAUGGAAGAAUUCAUGUGUUGAUUUAUAUGAUUAAUCCUACCAGUCACGGGUUAUCUGCCAUUGACAAGAAGUUGUUACUUUCCGUCAACCACUUGGUUAACAUUAUACCUGUUAUUGCCAAGGCAGAUUCUUUAACUCCAGCUGAACUCCAAUUAAACAAACAAUUGAUAUUGGAAGAUUUGAAUCAAUAUGGAAUCAACUUUUACAAAUUUAAUGAAUAUGAAUAUGAACAAGAUUAUAUUGAUGAAGAAAUAAUUGAGUAUAACAAAUAUUUGAAUAGUCUCACUCCAUUUGCAAUUAUUGGAGCCAAUGAAAUCAAGGAAGAUCAAGGUGAACAAUUGAAAUUCAGACUAUUGGGCAAAAACAUGGUUCCAAUCAAUGUUGAAAACCCUGAUUUGAACGAUUUUACAAUUUUGAAAAAUGUCUUGUUAAUUACUCAUUUAAACGAGUUUAAGGAUUUAACCCAUGAUGUAAUUUAUGAAAAUUAUAGAACCGAAGCAUUAUCCGGUAAACAAUUCCAGUAUGCUGAAGAGGAAGAAGCAUCAUCUCCAAUUCCUGACCCUGAUAUUGAUACCAGUAUUACUCCCGAAGCUCCUAAUUACUUACUUAAAGAAGAACAAAUUAAGUUAGAAGAAGAAAGAUUAAAGAAGUUUGAAGAAAGAGUUCAUCAAGACUUGAUUAACAAACGUAAAGAAUUAUUAGAAAAAGAAAUGGAAUUAAAGGAAAUUGAAAAGAGAUUAAAGGCUGAAGGUGUUACAUUAGAUAGUUAG